AUGGAUUUCUCUCGUAUUCUUGCGGCUAAUAUCGACGGCCGCACCCAAAACACCCGAUAUCGCCAGACGCAAUUCUACCGAUUGCAAACAAAUCUUGCUCAACAUGUUUCUGAAAUUCAAGACGCCAUCCGCGCCGACUCCGGGCAUACGCGCGAGGAGAUUCGCGCGGAGGUACUCUUUGCUCUGCGGGAGAUUCGCACGCACUAUUUGUCAUUAAGUCUGGAGAAAGAUCUUGAGAAAGAAUACCGCAUUGCCAAUGGCAAGGACAGCCAAGAUGCCUCGCGUGGCACAGGCAUUGUCUAUAUCGAGCCUUGCACACAUACCUUGUUCUUCUCAGUCAUAUCUGCGCUGAGUGCAGCUCUUGCAGCAGGGAACUGUGUGAUUGUCGAGCUUCCUCAAAAUACUAUGGCUCUGCCGGCUCUCCUGCGCAGACUUCUUCUGGAUGUAUUGGACCACGACACAUUUGCCAUAACAGCACAACGACCCGAUGCCGCAGUUCUGAGCAAAGUUCUUAUGGUCAUGCAAAAUGACUCUGCCGAUGCUACCAACGGACUUAUCUCGCCCGCAGGGGCCAGGACGGUUGCUGUCGUUGACCGCACGGGCAAUAUUUCCGAAGCUGCGGAGGCUCUGGUAGCUGCCCGUUUUGCUCUGGAUGGACGCUCGCCCUACUCUCCGGAUGUGGUCUUUGUGCACGAGUUUGCCAUGAAACCUUUUAUGGGGGCCGCAAUUCAACAUGCCUCGAAAUAUCUAGCUGGAGAGAAUGGAGAUUUGAGACAAACUCCCUCCUCUCCGAGACGAUCAACUUCUAGUACUUUGUUGAACUCAAUUCGCAAAGACAGGGGUUCUCAAGUGUUAGUUUCAGGAGAUAACUGGGGGUUGGUCGAAGUUCGGGACCGGAAAUCGCCUUUGCUCCAGCGCAAGAUUGAUGAGAAAGUCUUGCUGGUUCACGCGGUCACCAGCUUAGAUGAUGCCAUCGAUACCAAUUUCAAUGAAACGCUAGCAGCGACUUAUGCCUUUGCCUCUCCAGCUUCAGCGAAGUAUUUGACCCAGUUUAUCGACGCCCAUAUCUCGUGGGUGAACCAUGUACCAAGCCACAUGCUCAUCGGUCCUGCCCUUCCAGCAGACACGCCUGCUGAUGCCCAAACCCGAUAUUCCAAAUCACAGUUCGAGCUUUCGCGACCUCAAUUGAUUAUCCCAUCCGCAAACUCGAAUGCUGUUCAGACCAUUUUGCGUGACAUCAAUUCGACGAAAGCAAACGCCCUGUGGCAGGAAGCUCUUGCCCCGCUCCCAUCAACAAAGCAGCGACAAGGAUUCAAGAUUGGAUUCUUUGAACAAGGAAUUAUUACAGGCGGGCUGAUUACUUUAGCAUCGCUCGUGGCGACUGUAACGACUCUGGGGUACUAUACAUUACUUUACGUGCGGACUCGAGGGUAG